AAACGAUUCAGGAAAGUGUCAUUAGCGCUUUGUUUGUUCAAAAGUUGCAAUAAGUUACUGUGCACAUAUAAACAUGCCCAUUCGGGAUUGUCCUCUUACCUGUUUUUGUUUAGCCGUCACACCGGAAGCCAGGAUGAGCUUGGAAGAUCGGUUGAAAACUUUCGACAAAUGGCCUUUGGCGUAUGUUUCGCCGCAGUCCCUUGCGGAAGCAGGGUUCAUCUACACGGGUGCAGGAGAUGAAGUCAAGUGUGUGUUAUGUAAUAUUGUGCACUUCAACUGGAUGAUGGGUGACCAACCAAAGUUUGAGCACCGGCGAAUCAACCCCGACUGCGCGUACGCGGCUAUGGUGGCGGAUGGCGAGCUGUAUUUUCCAGCGAUGAAGGAAUACCGCGACCGUUUUGCGACGUACGCUAAUUGGCCGGGGCAAGUUGUUAGCCAACGUCCAAUGGAUAUGGCUAACGCUGGAUUUUUCUUCAAUGAGGGAGUGUGGGAUCAGGUCCAGUGUUUUUGCUGUGGCCGCAAACUGGCGCAGUGGACCCGCGACGAUGACCCGUGGAUCGAGCACGCCAAGUAUGAACCUCAGUGCGCAUAUUUACUGGAGAAGAAGGGUCUGCGUUUUGUGCGAGAGGUUCGACGGCUUCACGAUAUGGACAAGCUGAAGUGGGCGGGUAGUUUGCGAAAGAAUCGAAUGGAUUUUUUGGUGGCGUUCGCAAUGGAGCAGGGUGUACACUACACGUACCUGAUAAAAGCUGUUCAACGGUAUGGGCGCUUUGAGCGCAUCAUUGAUCUAGUGAAAAAGGCAAAUGUCAUCAAGGCCCGUACCAUAGAAGCCCGCUUGGACGAAAACUGUCAACUGGAAAAAGAGUGCAGUGUAUGUCUGAAUAAAAACGUAUCCAUAUGCUUUGCACCAUGUGGGCAUGCCAUUUGUUGUGUCGAAUGUUCUGGUAAAGUGAGAGAAUGCCCGCUGUGCCGUCAAGUGAUUUUGCAAAAAAUUAAGCUUUUUUUCGCCUAAUCAGUCUAUUUAAGCAGACUAGCAUACUAAAAUGAUUUAUUUUGCCAUCGAAGAAAAUGUUCGGUUUAAUAAAUGAUUAUCCGCGCUUUAGCGCUCCUUUUGGAAUGUGCGUUUGUGGACCCACAAUGUCGGGUAAAACGCAGUUUGUUUUUGCUUUAAUUAAAAAUAGGUCGUUAGUUUUUGAUCGACCACCAGACCGUAUACUGUACUGCUACGGUCAGUGGCAGAAGGGUUUUGACGAGUUACGGAAAGACGUUGAUCAGGUCGAGUUCGUGCAUGGUUUGGAUGACCUUUUCUCGGUGGUGCACUCGAUCGAUAGCAGUACGCAUACCUUAGUUGUCAUCGAUGACCUGGCCACGGAUUUGUGUAAAGACGUUCGUUGUUCCGACCUCUUCACCCGCGGCAUACAUCACAAGAAUA